AUGCACCGCUCGGUUGGCUUCAUUCGCCUUUUGGCCACAAAUUCAAAACCGGGAACGCCGCGUUCGGCUGCUGAUCAGCUAGCCGCGUUCUAUCAUCCAAAUAGAUGUUCGUGUCUAACAAUUCGAUGUUCAUCGUCUUCAUCGUCUUCUGGUGGUAAUGAUAACGGAGGAGACGGUGGCAAUAACGGAAACAAUGGGGGAGGCGGAGACUUGACGAACGCGCCGCCCAACAAGGCGAUUCAAUCAUUCGGACAGUGUCGACACUGCUCGAAACCGCUAAAGCCGUUGCCGACGCUAACGCCCUCAAAUCGAUAUAUCCACUGUGACAAUUGCAAUAAGCUCUACUUUGCCAACUAUUUCGAGGACGCCAAAAACAUGUUCUCCAAACAGUUCAUUCGAAAAACGCCACCAUAUCCGACACAAAUCGCCGAAUACCUGGACAAGUUCGUCGUUGGACAGAAGAAGGCAAAGAAGACGUUGGCUGUCGGCGUCUAUCAACAUUAUCGACGUCUCGAGCAUAAUAUCGAGUCGGGAGCAUCGUCGAUUUAUCAGACGCACGCGCAGACGCAGACGGCUUCUGGAGCAGGAAAAUCAGAUGGUGGAGAUUCAAAAAUGCCACGUGGCGUUUUCUAUCAGGAUGAGAUGCGAUUGGGACAAAUGGCGAGCAGCGAGUUGAGGAAUUCGUUGAUGCAGCAGCAGAGUAACAAUCAACCUCCAUCAACGUCCACCCAUAUGCAUCACCAGCAUCAAAGCCAACAACAAUCCUCACGAAAUGCGCCGCCCACUUUUCGAUCACUUCCAGAAAAAGAGCAAGCCGUUCGUCUGGAAAAAUCCAACAUUCUCCUAGUCGGACCCUCUGGAGUCGGCAAAACGUUCCUGACCCAGACGCUAGCCAGAGUGCUCGAUGUCCCAAUUGCCCUGUGUGAUUGCACAUCGAUGACACAAGCCGGAUACGUUGGAGAAGACGUGGAGAGUGUGAUUCAGAAGUUAGUCCAAGCGGCAGGAGGAAAUGUGGAAAAGGCUCAGCAAGGAAUUGUGUUUCUCGAUGAAGUGGACAAGAUUGCAGCGGCAAAUGAAGGACACUCUGCCGCAUAUCGAGAUGUGUCUGGAGAAGGUGUACAACACGCGCUCCUGAAGCUGGUUGAGGGUACUGUAGUGAAUGUGAAAUCGGGAAAGAAGGGAAUGGGAUCACAACAGGAUCAGGUGCAAAUUGAUACCUCGGAUAUUCUAUUCAUUGCGUCUGGAGCAUUCAGUAAUUUGGAUAAAAUCGUUGGACGACGUCUGGACAAGAAGGCGUUGGGAUUCGGAACGGCUUCAGGGAACGUCAGAAUCUCGACGGACGACUCGAACUCGGAAAUUAUGAGAAAACGAGAUGAGCUGCUGGGAAAAGCGGAUCAAGGGGAUUUGAUUAGUUUUGGAAUGGUACCCGAGUUGGUUGGUAGAUUCCCCGUGCUCGUGCCCUUCCAUUCGUUUGAUAAGCAGAUGCUCGUCCGCGUGAUGACGGAACCUCAGAAUUCGCUGCUCGCCCAACUUAAACUUCAAUUCGGCAUCGACAACGUGGAUCUGUCAUUCUCUGCCGAAGCGCUGGAACAAGUUGCUCAGCUGGCUUUGGAGAGAAAAACCGGAGCCCGUGCUCUUCGUUCGAUUCUGGAGGCGGCGCUUUUAGAAGCGAAGUUUACAGUGCCUGGAUCCGAUAUUGAAUCCGUACAUGUUAGCAGAGAAGCAAUUAUCGGAGAAAAAGAAGUCGAAUACUCGCGCCGAAAGCCACAAGUCGCCGAGGAAGAGGAAUCGUCGACGCCCAUCAAAAAAUCAGCAGUCGCAUAA